AUGGAGGAGAAAGAGAUGCAUGGGGAAGACAGCAAGAGACGAGACGUGGGGGGAGAGCGAGAGACGAGACACGGGGAGAGCGAGAGAGAAGAGAUGCGGGGAAGAGCGAGAGAAGAGACGUGGGGGAGAGCGAGAGAGACGAGACGCGGGGAGAUUAAUUGUAUUUUGGAAAUAAUUAUAUUUAUUUAUACCAGAGAUGCAGCAACGUACCUGGAGAAUGGCAGGGACAGAAUAGGACGCGUUUAUAAGAAAGCCAUCUACAAACAAUUCACUGAUGGCCAGUACACAAAGGAGGUCGGUAAACCAGCCUGGCUGGGGUUUCUCGGGCCAAUCAUUAUGGCAGAGGUUGGCGAUACAAUCAUUGUGCACUUAAAGAAUAUGGCUUCCAGACCGUAUACUAUGCACCCACAUGGGGUGUCCUAUGGAAAGGAUUCAGAAGGCGCCCUUUAUCCAGAUGGAACCAGCAAGGCCAACAAACGUGAUGACGCUGUUCCUCCUGGCGGACAUUACACCUACACCUGGAUUGUUAAACAGGAAUAUGCACCAACAUCUGGAGACCCCAACUGCCUGACCUGGAUCUACCACUCUCAUCUUGAUCCAGUCAGAGAUAUUGCAAGUGGACUGAUAGGGCCACUACUGACCUGUAAAAAAGGGAUACUAGAUAAGUCUUUAAACCGUUUGGAUGUAGACAAGUAUUUUGUGCUGAUGUUUAAUGUUGUGGAUGAGAAUGUCAGCUGGUACCUGAAGGAGAACAUCCAGACCUAUUGCUCCAAGCCAGACACUGUAGACGUGGAUGAUGAGGACUUUAAGGAGAGUAAUUACAUGCACUCGAUCAAUGGAUUUCAGUUCGGUAACCUGCCAGCUGUGGACAUGUGCCUGGGUGACUCUGUGUCUUGGCAUUUGUUUGGAAUUGGGAAUGAAGUAGACAUCCACUCUGCAUACUUCCAUGGUCACACCGUCACUAACAAAGGACAUCGGAUGGAUGUCAUUAACUUAUUUCCCGCCUCUUUCGCUGCAGUGGAAAUGGCCCCAUCAACUGCUGGAAAGUGGAUGAUAAGCUGCCAAGUAAAUGACCACAUUAAAGCUGGAAUGAUGGGCCUGUACAGUGUUGGGGCCUGUGGAAAGUCUCCCGCCACUUUUAAGCCUGAAUCUGCGAGAAAAUACUUUAUUGCUGCAGAGAAGAUCAUCUGGAAUUAUGCACCAGGGAACGUUGACAGAUUUACUAACCAGGCUUUAGACACUCCAGGGAGUAACUCAGCGACCUAUUUUGCAAAGAGCAGCGACAGGAUUGGGGGAUCUUAUGUGAAGGCUCAUUACACAGAGUAUACGGAUGAAUCAUUUACUACUAAGAAGAACCGCUCUAAAGAGGAGGAGCAUCUCGGAAUACUGGGCCCAGUCAUCAAAGCUGAAGUGGGCGACACCAUCAUGGUUGUGUUUUCCAAUAUGGCUGGCAGGAACUACAGCAUGAUGCCUCACGGGGUGUCAUUCAGCAAAGAUUCAGAGGGUGCGCCAUAUGUAGAUGGAGUUGUGAAAGAAGGAUCUCACGUAAAACCAGGAGAAACCUUCACGUACACCUGGAAAGUCCUAGAAGAAGAUGGACCUACCGACAAUGAUCCGAAUUGCCUGACUUACCUCUACUAUUCAGCAGUUGACCCAAUAAAGGACACUAACUCUGGACUGGUGGGUCCUCUGCUGGUCUGUAGAAAAGGCUCUCUACUCUCUAACAACACACAGGUACAGAUAGAAAAAACAUAUGUUCUGCUAUUCACAGUCUUUGAUGAAAAUGUAAGCUGGUACUUGGAUGAAAAUAUUAAGAUGUUUUCUACAAAUCCAUCAGCCAUUAACACAACCGAUGAGGAAUUUCUGGAAUCAAAUAAAAUGCACGCUGUUAAUGGCUACAUGUUUGGAAACCUGCCCGGUCUUAUCAUGUGCCGGUUGGACAGGGUCUCCUGGCACCUGCUGGGAGUGGGCACAGAGGUUGACAUACACGGAACCUACUUCCAACAAAAUAAUCUUAACCUGGGCGGAAUAACUAGAGAUUCCGUCAGUCUAUUCCCGCACACAGCGGUCACGGCGCACAUGCAGCCAGAAGAAGCCGGUGUAUUUGAAGUGGGCUGUCAGACUGCAGAUCAUUAUGUCAGUGGGAUGAAACAUAUGUAUACAGUACAGGCAUGUGAUAAAUCUACCACAAAGAAACGCCGGUAUGAAACUACGAGAAACUAUUUCAUCGCAGCAGAGGAGGUGGAAUGGGACUAUUCCCCCAGUAGGGUCUGGGAAUUUGAGAAACAUAACAUCACUGAUCCUUCGCAAGAACAAGAAAGCCAUGGGGAAAUUUUUGUUACAUCAGGAGAGAACCGCAUCGGAUCUAAGUACAAGAAAGCGGUUUACAGGGAAUACACAGACGGACGGUUCACGGUGCUGAAGCAACGGACCCCAGAGGAGGAACAUCUGGGAAUACUGGGUCCAAUCAUACGAGCAGAGGUGGGAGAGAGUAUACUAAUCAUGUUUAAAAACAAAGCCACACGUCCAUACUCCAUAUAUGCGCGCGGUGUCCAGGUGGUGAGUCCUGGUGGCGGAAGCACAAUUCAAGCCACACAACCAGGAGGAAUAAACACUUAUAGAUGGAAUGUUCUAGAAAGAUCUGGACCAGGGAGUAAUGACCCAGAUUGUAUAACGUGGGCUUAUUAUUCCAAGGAAGAUUUUGUGAAGGAUUUGUACAGUGGCCUGGUGGGACCAUUAUUAACCUGCAGGAAAGGUGUGCUAAACAACAAGGGACUGAGGAAGGAUAUUUGCCGGGAAUUCGCUUUACUGUUCCUGGUGUUUGAUGAAAACACAUCGUGGUACUUGGAAGAAAAUUUACAACAUUAUAUUCACAAAAACCUCAGCGAUAUCACUAAUACAGAAGAAUUUGAGGAAAGCAACAAAAUGCACUCAAUAAAUGGAAAGAUCUAUGGAAACCUCCAUGGGCUGACCAUGAGUGAAGGGGACAAGACCAACUGGUACCUGCUGGGGAUGGGAAAUGAAGUUGACAUACAUACUGUACAUUUCCAUGCUGAGAGCUUCAUUUAUAAGAAGGACAAGGCGCACCGAGCAGAUGUGUUUGAUCUCAUCCCCGGGACAUUUCAGACAAUAGAAAUGGUCGCGAUUAACCCUGGUACCUGGCUGCUGCACUGUCAUGUCUCGGAUCACAUUCAAGCUGGCAUGGAAACGACAUUUACUGUGAAGCCACGCUCAGACCAAGUGAAAAAUUAGGACCAGUCUAUCAGAUUCUGUUAGCGUGGUUUGAAUAAAGCUCUCAGAAUUCUCCAAUCGAUUGAUACCGUCCUUUUGGAACCGUUUAUUCUAAUACCGACACAGCAGUACAAUGAGAAAGAUGCAUUACAGCAAUAUUUACAACAAAGCAUAUAUGAUAUCCUGACCAUGAUACACUGCAGGAUCACAGGAAGUGCCUGGUGAUAGCCUGUAUGUAGUCAAAGUUUAAUGCUACAUGUUGAAAUAUUUGGAGAUGUGUCUGUGUGCCCAGAAAUAUGAGAGGACCAAGAGGUUCAGCUAUUGAUUUUCUUCAGUUUUGUUGCGGGAUUUAAAGCUGUGAUUUAUGUUUAAAGGCAAGAGAUGUAGGGGGUCAUUCUGAGUUGAUCGCUCGCUAGCAGUUUUUAGCAGCCGCGCAAACGCAUUGUCUCCGCCCACCGGGGAGUGUAUUUUUGCUUUGCAGAAGUGCGAACACCUGUGCCGCAGAGCGCCUACAAAAUGGUUUUCUGCAAAACAAGAGUAGCCCUGUAGUUACUCUUCGUGUGCGUUGAUUCUAACGAUGGAGGGACGGCUUUUGACGUCACACACCCGCCCAGUGAACGCCCAGCCAUGACUACGUUUUUUCUGCCACGCCUGCGUUUUUCUAAGCACUCCCUGAAAACGGUCAGUUGACACCCAGAAACGCCCACUUUCUGUCAAUCUCCUUGCGGCCGGCUGUGCGAUUGGAAUCGUCGCUAGAACCAGUGCAAAACCACAAUGGACUUUGUACCCAUACAAUGUGCGUGCGCAUUGCGGAGCAUACGCAUGCGCAGAUUAGCCGUUUUUUCCACUGAUCGCUAUGCAGCGAACAACGGCAGCUAGCGAUCAACUCGGAAUGACCCCCGUAGUUACUAAAACAGCUAAUUGAUAAAUAAACCCAAGGUUGUUUUAUGACAAGUCAAAUGAUAAGGUUUCCUAUAUCUCUCGAUAUGAGGGGUGAAUGAUAAUAGUGAAGCAAAUCAAUUAUUAACUAUUUAAUGGCAAACAACUUGCAAAGUCUAACCAGUAAUGUAAUUCCUUUCUCACUCUGAAUUCAUGAUAUUCAAAUUCACAUCAUUAAAAUAAAGAU